CACAGCAGCCUUUUCAAACAGGUUUGUAGUCUAGUUUAAAGGCGAGUGAAGAUGACAGCGCACGCUCUCAUCGGAUUCCUCCUCAGUAUCGGACUUCUUUUUAAAGCGUGUCACUCAGAUGUGAAGUGCAGGAAUGACAGAGGAGAGGCUGUUGACUGGUAUAUUGUGUAUAAACUGCCUAAUGUGAAAGAUGGUGGACUGUCGUAUUUGUACAUGGAUGAGAGCACCGGUGGAUGGGAACUCAGCAAGGAGAAAAUCGACAGUGAAACUGGCUUUCUAGGAAAAACACUGAAACCUCUUCUUGACUUCUACACCAAAAAGACUGAAGGGUUUGGAUACCUGCUCUACAAUGAUCAGCCUCCAAAGCCAUACUCUGCUCCUUCAUCAUUCGGUCACAGUAAAGGGGUUGUGAUGUUGGAUCGCAGCUUUGGACUUUGGCUUUCACACAGCACACCCAAAUUUCCAACAUAUCGCAGUACAGAGUUCUGGCCAAGCAGUGGAAAUGCAAAUGCUCAAACAUUUCUUUGUGUUACUUUCCCCUACCAGCAGUUUAAAGAAAUAGGACUGCAGCUCAAGUACAUCCAUGCCUAUUCAUUUGACUCUGAAAUUCCAAAAACUUUCCCUAAGGAGCUGCAUUGUGUUGCACAGAGAAGCUGCUACCCAACACAAAAGCCCUGGUUUAGUGUGGAGAGGCUGAGAUCAGCAGCAGGGAGCACUUUCACCAGCUUUGCAAAAUACUCACGAUUUAAAGAUGACCUUUACUCUGGUCUCAUAGUGAACAAAGUGUCCAACGAUCUUUUUGUGAAGAGCUGGGGGAAGCUGAGUAAACCUCUGUCCUCCAACUGCAGUUCAAUGCUCAGUCAUCAUGUCUACAACGUAAAGGAAGUGCAGCUGCAGAAGAGGAAGGCCAUCAGUGACACUGUGGAUCACUCCAAGUGGUGUGUGACUUCAGACGGUGGCUGGACCUGCAUCGCUGAUAUGAACAGGGAGGUCAGUCAGAUGAGCAGAGGAGGAGGAGCAAUCUGCACUGAAGAUCCACGAGUGGGACAAGCUUUCAGGUCACUUUUCUCAGACCAUGAACCGUGUAAAAAGUCUCAUUCCAAGGCUCAUAAGAGAGAACUGUAAACGCUGACAGUCAUGAAAAUGAACUGUUUUUCCACAAAUGAGCAUUGUUACACCAGGGGAGCAAAAGUGACUUGUGUGAAAUAGAUGUAAGAA